GGCAUAUGUUUUUUUUUGUUGUCUUGUAUACGCUUUUAGGCUGCUGCCACCUCAGACCGAUUUAACCCCGGCUACACUUUUAUGGUUAACCACUUCAGACACACACAAAAAAACUUUACGCUUCGGUAACUUCUGGAAACCGGCGAGCUGACAGACACAACCGUUACUCCAGCCCAGAAGAAACUUCUCAACAACAACAACAACAACAACAAAAAGGGAGAGAAGCAGCGUGGCAAGAAGAAGUGUGGAGCUCCUUGAUAUCACAGCCUGAGCAGACACAUCUCUCUCUCUCUCUGCUGCUCUCAACGGACGGACGCUACAGUUUUCAUUCAUCCAGAAAAGGAGCCCACCGCGCAGCCCCAUCUCUCUCUCUCUCUCUGUGUGUGUGUGUGUGUGUUUGGCUACCACCUGCAGACAUGACAAGAAGAUCCUGCACGAUAUAUGCGGUCGGGAUCAUCUGUGCCACCCUGCUGGUCGUUGGGUUUGGCUUGGUUGUGGGUCAAGUUUUCCGCACGUUAAUGCACAACCGCCUCAAGAAGGAGCUCGUUUUGGUAGAGGGCAGCCGUGUGUUUGAGUCAUGGAAAACCCCUCCCCCUCCUGUCUACAUGGAGUAUUUCUUCUUCAACGUGACCAAUGUGGAUGAGUUCCUUGGAGGGGCCAAGCCAGAGGUCAAGCAGGUUGGACCCUACACAUACAGGGAGUACAGGUAUAAGGACAAUGUGAGCAUGGUUGAAAAUGGCACCAAGGUGUCUGCAUACACUAUCAAAAGCUUUGUGUUCCUGAGAGAGAAGUCUGUGGGUGACCCAACUGAGGAUAUGAUCACCACUGUAAACAUCCCUGCUUGGGCUGUAAUGACAAAGUUGAAAGGGAGUUUCUUCAAGUCCAGCUUGGUGUCGAUGUGGAUGAACGCUAUCGGGUCCGGUAUCUUCACUACUCGUACUGUUCAGGAAUUGCUGUGGGGCUACGAAGACCCCUUGCUGGUCCGUGUCUCCGCCUCCAAUCCUGAAGUGGAGAAGGUCUUUGGCCUCAUGUACAAGAAAAAUGGAAGUCAUAGCGGGGAAUUCGUCUACCACACUGGGGAGCAGAACUACAUGGAUUAUGGCCGCGUCGCAACAUGGAAAGGAGAAAGCAAGCUGAACUUCUGGACGUCCGACCAAAGCAACAACAUCAAUGGAUCCGAUGGAAGUGCUUUUCAUUCUCUGCUGAGCAAGGAUGAACGCAUUUAUAUCUUCACUCCAGACCUCUGCAGGUCGAUCUACAUGGAGUUUGAGAAAGAUGUAGAGGUGAAAGGAAUCCCAGCCUACCGCUUCACACCACCACGUUCUGUUUUGGCCAGCAAAGAGGAGAACCCGGCCAAUGAGGGUUUCUGCGUCAGCCGACAAGAGUGUCUGGGAACUGGCCUUCUUAAAGUCAGUCCCUGUCGGAAAGGUGCCCCAGUGGUCGCCUCCUUUCCUCAUUUUCAUUUAGCAGACAGUAAAUACGUGGAUGCCAUUGAGGGAAUGACCCCUCAAAGGGAGCAUCACCAAACGUACCUCGACCUUAACCCGACCACUGGAGUGAUUGUGCGUGCAAAUAAGAGAGCACAGGUAAACAUCUUGAUCAGCAGGAUCUCAGGAUUCCCGAAAACUAGAGGACUGAACGAAACCAUCUUUCCCGUCAUGUUCCUCAAUGAGAGUGUGGUGAUUGAUGAUGUGUCUGCUGCGAGAGUACAAAAGCUGCUGCUGAUUGUCACUCUAGUGUCAAACUUCCCGCUCAUUAUUGUGGGACUGGGUACCAUUAUGCUCAUAGUCUUCAUCAUCCUUCUGGCCCGGGCUCGCAAGCAGGAGAAUGAAGUUAAACGCAUUGUGUUUACCAAGCCUCUUUAUGCUGCGUCCACUGAAGACGACACUUCUUACUCUCCAGUCAGCGACAAGGAAAAGGAAGAUCCUCAAAAUGGAACCUUUAUUGGUUUGACACCUAAAGCUGACCCACAAGCUUGAGGGGGGAGGGAGUGUUUAGAUGGGGGCUUUGUACAUCGACAGCCCUCAGAAUUACUAAUAGGGAUAUGGGUUUUCAGGAGAGACAAAAAUCCACCGUAGAAAAUUGUCAAUAUUGCCAUUAUAAUUGGAAAUCUCAGGGGGAGAAUAGGUGUAGAGGAGGAAGAACAUGUUUUUAGUCUCAAAUAUAAUGUACUGCAUGUACUUAAUUUUCGCCACGGACAGCUACCUGAAGUCAACGUCUAGCACACUGUAUUGUCAGAAAAGAAAAAGAUAUUGAUUAGAAAGCACUGUGUGUCAAAGGCAACGUUUUUGCUGUUUGGUUAAAUCAGUUGCUGAUAAUGUAAAAUUAAUGAAAACAAACUGCAGUUCUCUAAUGAGUAGAGAUGUAGAGCGCACUUCGUAGUGGUCCAAAACAAACUAAACACACCCUUUAAACCUCUGGUGAGGGAUAUAUUUUAGUGCUGUGGCCUCGCCUCAUUCUCUGUUUGCCUAGAAUAGAUCUUGUCUUUAGAUUUCAGCGAUUGAGUAUUAUGUAACAGGGCAUAGAGGAGGAUGAUGGGACCAGGGUAAUGAAGUCCACAAAAUGUGAGUUUUUUAGGUAUCAUACGUCACUCUCAGGGGGGCUUUCUGCUUAGAUACUAUCAAACAUUGUUAAAGCAGGAGAGAGGAGCAAAAUAUACAGAAAGUCUUCAUUUUAUCAGACUUUUCAAACAUUUCAGUAUUAUUUGAUCAUUAACUAAAUGUUACAGAACAUUUGUAUUCUUUUCUUACUGUGCACUGUAUUUAGAGGGUUCCCGUCACACAUCGUUAUUGCCGUACCAGAAAAACCUUCCGAGUAUGGAAUAUUUUUGUAUAUAUACAGUGUAAGAUGUGUUGGACUGCGUACAUUCCUCUCAGUGUAUGAUGGGAAUGAAUAUCAAGACAAAACACUGUAUGUUUUGGAUACUUUCAUUUUGUAACAUCAGAAGUCCUCCUCAUUUUUUGUAAAUGUUAAUGUAGACGUGUUUAAAUGAGUAAGAUUUUAAGCUAGAGCUUUAUAAGGAUUGACACUUUUAUUGGCUGUCUGAAGCCCCGAACAUGACAGGGUUUUAUGGCUGAAACGAUGAUUCAUGCUGACAGUAUUUUUGCCCUUUAUAGCUGCUUGUACCACCUAUUAUUGCCAUAUCAAAAUGUAAUUAAUCUUAUUAUCAUUUGAAAAUCUGCUUUUGUGAAGCUGUUGUUGAAGGCCUUAGCAUUGUUAGUGUUGAGUAUGACAACCAACAAACCUUAUGUCAGAUAUUAUGUCAGGUGUCCAGCCAUUGCAAGUCAAAACUCAUGGGUUCAGUAUGAAGAAACAAUGUAGCUGUGCCUUUUUAAAGAAUCAAUGUUACUGGAUUUCUAUAGCCUUUUAUAGUUUUCACAUAUUUUGUGAAAAGAAAAUAUGUCGUACCAACAAACCUACUCUCAAGUUCAUAUCGUUUUCUUCCAGAUACCAAACAAAGCCGAGCGUGAAACUGUUAUUAUAGUUUCUUUGUAGCCGGCAGGAUCAAACUGCACUUUGAAAAUGCUCUGCUUGGAUGAUAGAUUGUUGUACAGGGCUACAGCUUUCUCACUCAAGUCUGGUGAAAGUAUUUAGACUGAUUUCAGGUGCCAUUUAUUUGUAUUGUAAAGAAUGCUGCACAAUUACUUCAUUUGAACUGUGAUGAGCUCAGCUUUUUAUCACUGCUCUUACUUUUAGUUGUAACAUUGAAACGAUGAAUGAGUUCCUUCGUACCACCUUGUCAUUACAUGCACUAAUAAUCAGCAAUGACUAUAUCACACAAUAGUGGAGAAGCUAUAACAUGUUUCAUUUAGAGAUUUUUGAUUUUACUAUUAGUGUUUGAUGUAUAUUGUACAAUAAGAAAUCUGAAUGAAAGUAGAAGACGUUAUGAAGAGUUCCUAAUGUAGUUUCAUCAGAAAUUGAGAUGGGAUGGUGAAUGAAUGAAUAGUUUUUAAUUAAAAAAACACAGUAUUAAACAAUAUUAGUGUAGUGGUUAAAGGUUAUAAAUUAUUUUGUUACGAUGGUAAAACCAAAACACAGAAAGCACCAUAUAUGAAGUGUACACUGAGCUUCUUUGUGCCAUACUUUGAUUACAGAUUGUACUUUCUGAAGUUAUCGUUACUGCUAUAGCCACAUAUUCUUCAUAAUUGUCAGCUUGUUUUGAAAUGUUGACCAUUAAUACUGUUUUUACUGUGUACGCAAAAAUAAAAGUAGUUUCAGUAAA